AUGGCCCGCUUCGCACAACAGCCGUUUGACUUCUAUCAACCGGCCGCCGCCCUGGAGACAAAACCUGCUUUCUCCGAAGAGGACGACAUGAGUGUGUUGGAUGACAAGAUUCUGGACCCGACGCCGGACGUCUCCUCCAUGGCUGAUCCUCGCCGCUCGUCGUAUGAUCACAAUAACGGCGAUGCCCUGGCUUAUCGAGACCAGCCAGUCUGGGGAGACUUUGCACCGCCGCAGCAGGCACAACAGCCACAACAGCAACAGCAACAGCAACAGCAACAACAACAGCAACAACAACAGUCACUUCCCUCUUCUCGGCAGGAUUCGCAGGUCGCAUCGACCAUGUACGAUUCCGGCAAUCAGUUCAUGCGAUUAGACACCGCCCAGGCGAACACGGCCUAUGCCCAGCAAGCGUCCUGGGCCAUGUCGCGCGGAUCCGGAUCAUGUACGCCGACCCCGGUCUAUGAUCAGUUCUCGCAAGAGUUCAGCGAUGCCAACUCUGCCGGUGCCUUCUCCGGCGGCGCCGUGGGCCCGAUCUCGUCCAUCAACUAUGCUCAGAUGAACUACCGCGGAAACAUAUUCGGCGCCCCUGGUGGCGUCGCCAUGUCGCCGCAGUCGAGCCAAGGAUGGAUGCCGUCGGGUGACAUGGUUGAUGCCCGUCCGACCCGCAGUCCCACGUAUCGCACUGACUCGAAUCUCCAUCUCCGUCGCGAUGGCAUCCGGAAGAAGAACGCUCGUUUCGAGAUUCCGGCAGAGCGCACGCUCAACAACAUCGACCAGUUGAUUGCGCAGUCCAGCAACGAGGAUGAAGUCAAGGAACUCAAGCAGCAGAAGCGCCUUCUUCGGAACAGACAGGCAGCUCUCGACUCUCGCCAACGCAAGAAACUUCACACCGAGAAGCUCGAGGAAGAGAAGAAGCAGUUCACAACCGUCAUCACCGACCUGGAGGAAGCCCUUCACAGCAUGAAACUCCGCGAAGCCGAUCUCCUCCGGGAAAAGGCCGACUGGUUGUCGACGCAGCAACAGGUCAAUCAAUACCUCGAAGGUCUUCACAUGGAAAAGGACGAGCUUAUUCGCGCGCACACGCUGGAGACGGCCGAGUUGCGCAAGAAGAACAACAUCCUUCGCGAGACCAUGGACAAGUUGGAACAGCAGCUCAAAUCAUCGACUUCGCAUACGUUUGCUACUGAAUUUGGUGACUUUGAGAACAUCACCAUGGAGAACGGUCCAUGGGAAGACUUUUCCAUGGUCAACGAGAUGUCUCUUGAUGCUGAGCCGAUUGCUACCGACAACUCCAUGUCGUUGGUCAAGACGGAAAAGGCCGACAAGGCGAUGAACCAGAGCGAGUACCCGUUCAGUUGGAAUGCAUUCUAUAUGUGCCUUCUCUUUGGCGCAUUCAUUGCCUCCAACAGCGCCUCGCUCUCGUCUGCCGCUUUGCCCAAGCUUUCCGACGAGUACCGCGCCGAGUCUGCAAAUGUCUUGAAGGCUGUUCUCGCCUCUGCACCGUCCGAUGCCGCUGCCCCGUCCUCUUCAGCUCACGCUGGCCCUACUGCUGCUGCUGCUGCCCAUCUUCCCACCAUCCCAGGUGCUGAGAUGGCAGGCAUGGCAGCAGUCCCCGGGAGCCAGCCGUCUGCUCUGGAACAUCUGCACAACCACCUUGCCAUGCCCACCAAGCAGCAGCAGAACGACCAGGUUUUCGCACUCAACCCGGAACAGUACAACGCUCUGACAACAUUUGAAGACGACGUCGACUUUAAGCCGCCUCAGCAACCGUCAAACCUCCAGCAAGCGCUCGCUGCUAUGCGCAGUAGUGGCGCGCAAAGAGGUCAUGACGCGAGGACGUCGGACGUCUAUUCAAGAUCACUGUUGUGGGACCGCGUGCCGGAAAAGGUUGUGCGCGACUUUAAACGGAUGGUUCGAGAAUGCGGCACUCACAAGAAUGCUUAG